AUGCGCGCACUUGCAGAAGCACUUGCCAAGUUGACGAACCUUCAACAACUCAACUUGUCAUCGAACGAGCUUGGGUGCGACGGCAUGCACGCCCUCGCAACAGCACUUGGCAACUUGACAAGCCUGCAACAACUCGAUCUGAGCAGCAACAACGUUGGACCUGAGGGCAUGGGCGCCCUCACAACAGCACUUGCCAAGUUGUCCAACCUUCAACAACUCAAUAUCAACAGGAACAGCCUUGGCUCUACGGGCAUGCACGCGCUUGCAAGGAGCGUUGAAAACCUGGCAGCUCUGCGUUAUCUCAGCGUUACAAACAACAGCAUCACGCACCUGACACCUGAGUAUCUCAAGACUGUUCACAUUCGUGUCGUUGAUGUGAACGAAAACCCCAUCCUGUGCCCUCCCGGCUCGGUUCUUACCCCAGAAGAAAGCUUCUGGUAUGACGAUCUCGAUGAGGGGCCCUGGGACAACCGUCAGGGAAUAUUUCCGUAUCUACGCGACGUGGAAAAGGGGCACGAGCUUCUCACACGAUCUCGCCUCGUGUUUAUUGGGGAUGGCGGUGUCGGCAAGACCACCCUCAAGGCGGCGCUGAUGAUGCUGCACAACGCCGAUCGCGAAACGUUGCUGGAGGGCAUUCGUACGUCCUUACGCACCGAGUUGAGAAGGUACACAGAGGCCGACUUCCGCCAGUGGGUGGAUCACGAUCUGGCGCACAGGGACGGGUUCUUUGACGAGGAGUGCCCGAGGGCCAAGGGUAUAACGGGGAAGCGAUGGUUGGCAUGCACCGAUGACCAACUGCAGCAGUGGUUUGGCAGUGCAAACACGCCUGCCUCUGAGGACGUUGUGCAGCGCAUGCUUCAGGCAAAGCGCUUUCUCCUCAGCAAAGGUAGCAAAUUGUCUUCGUCCAAAGACAGCGGCAGCCCGUUCCAGCAGCUCUUGCACAUGCCGCACGUGUGGACGGAAGGCAUUGACGUGGACCACUGGAUCAAGCACGCGUUUGACUUGUGGGAUUUUGCGGGCCAGCUGGAGUUCUUCCCGGCCCACCAGCUCUUCAUGGCCUCGCACAUGGCCGUGUACCUCCUUGUGUUUGAUGCCUCAAAAGGGUUGGAGCAUUCCAUCGCCCGUAUCAGUGUGUGGCUCGGCCUGCUGCAAGCAUGCCGCCUGUCUCGACACAAGCAAGCCGAAGCCGUGCAAGUGCGGCUGGUCGCCACCAAGACAGACUUGCCAUCCUUUGAUUUUGAUCUCCAGCACCUCCACGCUGUUGUGCAAGAGCGGGUUGGAAGCGAGUUUCAUCUUGGACACUGCUGUUUUGCCCCACGCUACGAUGAACACGACAUUGGUGAUGCAGGCGCCGACUUCGGCCUUGUUGCCUUGGAUGAAGAACUCGCGACACUGCGAAGGGAAGGUGUGCCCUACGUCCAAGUCCCUACCGCCUAUUUGAGCAUCAAGAACUGUGUGCAGAGCAUGAAAAUGGAGCAGCACCAGGUGUGGCCCAUCAUUAGUGUGUCCGAGAUCGACUUCCGAGACAAGGACCCCGACCUCAUUUUGAGGUUCUUGGACGAUGCGGGUGUGGUGCGGCGCAUUCCCGAUGACGAGGACCGGUGUGUGCUGGAGCCGGUGACCUGGCUAAGCAAGCUGAUGGCGGCGCUGCUGCACCCGCUGCACGGCUUGAGGCUGACGACUGCGCAGGCGGGCACAGCAAGCACAGCGGUCUUCGUGCCUGGCGUAUCUGUACUACAAGCCGUGAACGCGCUGGAAAAACGAAGCAUUCGCAUCCCACAGUACGCGCAGGACGAUUUGCUGCCAUUCCUCGCUUCCUUUGACGUGUGCUUUGCACUGGGUGACGGACGCUUCACGUUUCCCGCCCUCCUUCCUCGCCAAGAUCCUCACCCGACCAUCAGAGCCAGGAUGAACGAGCUGCUUGGCAGUGAGCCGGGCGUCAUCUUUGGACGGCGCCUGCAGUGCACAAAGUCGGACGACUGGCUGCCGCCCACGUGCUGGUCAGCGAUUGUGAGGCGGCUGUUUCCGAUUGUGAACGCCAUUCGAGGCGUGCCUAUCCACCUCAGCUUGGGCAUGUUUGUGGCCCAAAUCAACGACACCAAUUGCCUGGCGGUGUGCACGGAUGAUCACGAGUUUUCCCACUGUCUGGAUGUGAUUGCAGUUGGCGGUAACGCUGCGGUCCUUGAUCUCGCCAUGUUCUUUGUCAUCAAUGGCCUCAAGCGGUUGAUGACUUUGUCCACGCUGGAGAAGCGCUGUUUGGUCACAGCUGCCGCAACAGAUCCUCUGGCAGUCACCCAACCCUUGCUCCAGCGCGGCAUGCGUACGUUUCCCGCACCCACGACGGUGCGCCCUGGUGCGAUCUUACCUCCUCCUCCUCCUGCUGAAACUGACCUGGUUGGGGUAUAUUAUCACUAUCUGCUGCAACAUCAAUUCCAGUAUAUUGGGAGCAUAGGCCAGCUACUUCACCAACAAGAGCUUCAAGAUGCGUUUUGUAUGACGACAGAUCCCCGCAUCGUGGAAGAACGACUGCCAACGACCUCCGCACCGCAACCCACGUGGCCUUGUGGUGCGCAACAUGUCCUCGAUGGCAUACGGGUUUCGUCGUUGCAAUUUAUGGGUGGGCUCUUUGGCAAGCACGUGUACGAAGGCAGCAUGUCUGAUGCUGAAGGCACGGCAGGUGGCACACAUGCGCCCUCUCAUGCGACAGCUUCCAACACUCAGGUGGCUGUGUGGGCAAUUAUGCAACCAAGCAGUGCACUGCAGCUACCUGCAAGUGGCACGGUACUGCCUGAUGCCCUCCUUCGCUACCAGGGCGUUCAGCACGACAGCAGCCUCAACAUUUCCUUCCUGCCAGCGCGCGUGCCAUGUCACUCGCGCCCGUUGUCGCCGGAUAUCUUGUCCUCCCUUGAUCACGCGGCGCUGCGCUCUCUCAUCCGUGGCAUCACUCACGGACUGCACUUCCUGCACUCGCGUCAGCUCACGCACGGCAGCCUAUGCGCACAUCACGUGCUGUGCUGUCCGCAGGAGGUUGGGGCGAGCGUACCCAGCAGCAGCGUGUACCGUGCAAAGCUGGCUGCAUACGGGCUGGGUGUUGGGUGCAUGGAUUGUGGUCAGGAGUGGCUGGCACCAGAGCAGCGUGCUGUUGCCCCACAUCACCGCCAAAGGUCAAAGUCAGCAGACAUGUUUGCGUUUGGCCAGGUGAUUGCAUUCAUCCGCAUGCGUGGCAAUGUCAGCAACACCACCACCCCCACCAGCAGCAGCAGCGACAGUACCACCAGUACCACCACCAGCGCCAUGGCUGGCGUUGUCAACGAGGGUGCAGAGGCGGCGUUUCAGGAAGCGGCCAAGUACGCCGUUGUGCGGCUUACACGCAAGGCACCAGCACAACGCGUGAGCGCGGAUGAUUACCUCCGCACAGCAGAAGGCGGCGGCGUCUUCCUGUUCCAGGACCAUGACCCGAGCGACGUGGCGGCGCGCUGCUUGUUGCCUGCGCUGCAGUUGAGCCAGGUGCGAGUGAAGAAACAGCAGUGCACAAGUGAUGAGUGGCAGCAGCUAAGCGCCGACAAGAGGAACGCCAUCGGCAAGUUCCUCAGCCAGUGGACGGGUGGGUAUUGGUUGGCGCACACUGGUGUCGGUGGAGGACAUGACAACGUCACUGACAAAUGGAAGGCUGUGCUACGCCAAGGAAUGCCAGCGCUGAUGCAUGCCAUGGAACACAGUGGCGGCGACUGCAGCAGCAGCAGCACCUGUGGCGAUGCGUGUGACUACAGUGAUGACGUGCAAGGGCUGUUUCAAUGCAUGUACGACCUCGUGUACGAUACCCAACCAUGGUGCUCUGUGGAAGUGCUGCGUCAAGCUGGCUUGCUGGAUGAGACCACUCAGGCACUGUGCAAGGCGACACUGUAUCGCCAGCUGAACCACAUGCUCCCGUCUGUGUUUUUGUGUUUGCACAACUUCCGACGAGCGUCAACGGCGCCCUUCAAGGCCGCACAGGCUCUGAGCCUGCACUUUGGACACGGUGGUGGCAACGCCAGCGAGAAGCAAAAGAAGCCCGCCACCAUGGCGGCAACUGCGCAAGGCGAGUUGCAGGCGCUGCACCUUGACGAUGAUGCAAUGGAGCUUUCGGCGCCAGACACGGAAGUGUCUAGUUCAACCAUCAAAGCAAAUCAGAAGAACAAGGCUGCGUUGAAGUCGGUGCAGCGGUGGUUAGCUGAGGAUCAGAUGGAAGACGAUGACGCCGACGCAGAUUGCUGAUGAGGGUGCGUUGGGGGGGGGGGGUUCCGUGCAGCGUGUUCGUUGUGAAGGGAUUGUGUGUGUG